AGGAAUCGGGGAUGGCGCUGUGUACAGUGUGAGCGAGUUAGCAGCCAAAGUUUGCAGAGCGCAGGCAGGAAAGUUCGCUGGAGAGGCGACCCGUGAAUCCAAGUUUCUCUGUCAUCGGCUGCUACCCACGGAUUUCCAUGCGGACUACAGACUUCAAUUAGCAAGGACUUCUGUGCUGUUUCGUGGGUGUUUUGAGUGAAUUUCUCCCUGUCCGUGAGAGUUAACGGAUUGCUAUGUACGCUGCACCGCUGUCGUUUAAAUGGACUAUCGGGUAUCUUAUCAUCCAGUGAGUAACUUUGACUAACAUUGAUUGUAUGGUUGCUUGACCUGCAGAUAGCCUAAGUAGUGACCAUGAGCAUAAUUUAGGUGUUGACAUUAUGCCAUGUAGCCUUGUCUUGGGUGUUUGAAAACAACGAACUCCCCCUGUGACAAGAAGCUGGCACCCUCAUCUCGGAAACACCGACUCAUGGCUGCAGCAAUGCCCGGCGAGGACAGCCCAUUGCCCGGCAACACUUCCAGGAUUGAUCGGAAUGGAUUAGGGGGACUGGUCCACUGUUUCAUAUGUGGAAGCGGAGUGACACCAGGAAAGGAAUUGAGGUUACAAGUGGCAUACCAAAAAGAGAGGGUUUCUUUUUUCCCGUUUCUACAAAAUCAGGAGCCAGCCCCGGGUGCGUGUGAACUGAGCCCGGAUGGACAUGCGCUGGUGUGCGCCGUGUGCCACUGCUUUCUGACGGAGCAGUGGAACUCCUUUGAGCGGACCAGAACGCCCAUUGAGAAGCGCAUGUACUGGUUGAAGCGACCCUACCAGUGCGACUCUCGGCGGGUCCCACAGGAGUGGAACAUCUCUUACGACCUGGAGAGGAGAAUCAGUGUGAGCAGCCAGAACUACGAAGGAGGCGCAGAGUCCGAUUUCUCGUCUUUUUCUGAAAACGAGAACAUGUCAGACCAGGAGAUGGAUUUAGUCGACAGAGCCGGCAUAAGCAAAGACAAGUGCCUGAGAGCAUCUGGCAAAUCACCAAGAGACAGUAGCAGGAAGAACAAUGUCAUCAGUGUUAAAAACAGCCCAGAUUCACAGCGGGCAAUGCGCUAUCCGGUGGGUGUUAAUGGGGCGCAGGGAUCUCCAAAGGCGGAGAGUGUUCUGCUGGCGAGGCGCAGUGCUAAAAUUAUGAAUAAUGUCUGUCAAUCAUCAGAAUCUCUGGCAAAGUCCCAGGAAAGAUUCCCUCUACUCUGCUAUGGCAGUCCUUUCUCUGACACACCUGUGCAAGACAACGGGGUCAUUAUGCGCAACAGGCGAUGGCUGGAGGAGGGGAAUGUCAGACAUGCGGAGCCUCGUCAGAUUCAGCGUGUUGCUGACAGCAGCUGUGCUUCGUCCAGACAUCCAUCGCUGCUGUACCGAGGAAGGGGCGAGGAUCACCCCAACACGGCCACUGUCACCACUAAAUGUAACAUGGCUGCUCCCAGGGAGAAUAACUCUGACAGCUCAGAUGAAGAUGAGAUUAACAUUACAACUGACGAUGACACAGACAUGUAUGAGAGCAAAACAGGCCCAACAACUCAGUUUAGACCUGUCAGAGACCUUUCAGCAAGGACGUCACGUCAUGCUGUGGACACCUGUUCAGAGGAGUGUGUUUGCUAUAUCUGUGGCGCUGGUCUCAGACAUGAUGGCCGUUUUAAAGUCAGUGUUCAGAAACAGGAGAGGGCCCAGGGCGAGCCCUUCUUUCCAUUCCUGUGGCUCCACUCCCCUCCUCGGGGGGCUAUAGCUAUCAGUCCAGCGGGUACAACCCUGGUGUGUGGCAGCUGUCACACCUCCCUCAUGCAGCAGUGGCAGAGCUUCCAGCUGGCAGAUGUGCCUGUCCUCCAGCGCUUGUAUGUAGUCCCCCUCAACCAGCCCACAAGCCAUCCCUCCCAGCUGUCUCCCCCGGAGUCCAUGGAGUGCUUAGCUGAACCCAGGGCUUCCCAUGAGGCCUGUUUUCUCUGUGGUCAGGAGUGUGGAGGAGAUAUGAGAGUAGCAUGUGCACAGGCUGGUGUUGGCAAAUCCCGCGGUGCGAUGUAUUUUCCUUUCAUCAACAUGUUACCUUGCCCCCCUAACGCCCAAGGGGUGAGGAAUGGCUGUGUACACUGCUGCCCACAGUGCCAUUUUAUCCUGGAGCAGAUCUGGGGUGCAUAUCGACUCAGCCUUAGUGAAGACCUCAUCACCUCUGUCAGCUCCUUCCUGGUCAGGUACCACGCUGCCAUGGCCAUUGAGGGGUCUGGACCAGCCCACUCCCAGACGGUUGUGGCCUCCCGCCCCAGCAGCUCCAUUUCGGUGUGUUACCUGUGUGGAGCUGAGCUGUGUGGUGGAGAGUACCAGCUGCAUGUCAAUCCGCCUGGGCGUUGUGGAGAGAGGGAGCCUUUCUUCCCCUUUCUCACCGUCCACCCUCCUGCUCCCCAUGCCAAACCAGUAGACGCCACAGGCCUGGUGUCAGCUUGUAAUCUCUGCUACCAUGACCUACACACCCAGUGGGCCCAACAUGAGGGCCUGGGUCCCUCCAACCCUUCUAACUCUAGUUCAUCUAGUGCCAACCCCCAGCCACCCAGCUCCCCUUGGGCCCGCCAGUACAGCUGUGAGGCUUUUGUGUGUUUCUUCUGCAGGAAGGAGCAGCGCAGGCAAGGUAGGCUGUGCGCUGUUACCGUGGCCAGGCUUCCUGUGUUCCUGUAUGCACCUCGCAGCACACGCACGCUCCUGGUGGAUGAUGGGAGGACGUUGGUGAUUGGCUCGUGUUUGGAAUGUAAGGCCAUGGUGCAGGUGGGACAGAGCAUGCAGCAGGACAAGGAAAGGCUUGGACAAGGAGCCUCAGACGGGGAGAGGAAAGAACCAGAAUCAGCCUCGCCGCAGUCUAGACACAAGGCAUGUACUGUGAUUGAGAGUGCGGCUGGAGCCAGUAAGGAGGUGGACUCGGGGCCAUCGCAGCCUGCAGGUGACCACACUCCUUCUCACCUGGUGACCUUGGAGCCAGAGAAAGCUGACAAAGCUGACCGCCCACUUUCCAGCAUGAGCCAUGAGCCAAAAUCACCAUCGUUAGGAAUGAUCUCCACGGCGACCCGUACCACGGCGACGGUCAGCCCCCUCACCCCGUCGCCUCUCAAUGGCUCCAUCGUAGCCAAUGGAAGCCCCGCUGCCCAGUCUGCUCACUCUGGAUUUGCCGCAGCCCUCCGUAAACUGGCAAAACAGGCCGAAGAACCCCGAGCUGCGUCCUCCAUCAGCAGUGAGUCCUCUCCAGUGUCCUCCCCAGCCACCAACCACAGCUCCCCGGUCAGCACACCCAAGAGGGGUCCCCUUGGUCCAGGGCCUGGCCUGGUUCCCCCAGCGGGCCACAGCGUGCCAAACACUCCACCUGUAGUCACCAUUGCUCCAACAAAGACGAGCAACGGCCUCUGGAGGAGCGAGGGACGCCAGGCUGACUCGGGGCCUCGUGGGGCCAGCAGGGAACGUCUGGGUGCAGAGGGGAACCUCCCACAGGAAAAGGGUGGCCCCUCAGUCCCUGCCCACCUCCUGGGAAACCCCUAUGCCUUUGGUCUCAGCCCCGGUGCUGUCAUGCAGGAUUCACGGUUCCAGCCUCUCAAUCUGCCCAGACAGUUGCCUAAUGCAGGUCAUGUACCAGAAGAGUACCUCCGUGGUUUCCGGCCCUAUGCCACGACUGAGGAUGCCCUCCGCAUGCCCUCUCUGCCCAUGGGCCUGGACCCCGCCACUGCAGCUGCUUACUACCACCCCAGCUACCUGCCCCACCCCUCCUUCACGCCAUACAGGAUGGAUGACCCGUUCUGCCUCUCUGCCUUGAGGUCACCUUUCUAUCAGCUGCAAGGAGGGGGAGCUUUACCUCCCAUGCAUCCCUCGGCUGUUCACAUGCACCUACCAGGGGUCCGCUACCCUGGAGACUUCACGCACCCCUCAAUGUCAGCACUGCAGUCUGAGAGGCUUCAGCUGGAGGAUGAGCUGCGACAGAGAGAGAGGGAUCGAGAACGAGAGCGUGAGCGCGAAAAAGAGAGAGAGCGUGAGGCUGAGAGAGAGAAAGAACGGGAGAGAGAACGAGACAGGGAGAGGGAGCGGGAGAAGGAGCUGGAGAGGGAGAGAGAGCGUGAGCGGGAAAGAGAGCGCGAAAGGGAUAGGGAGAGGGAGAGAGAAAGAGAGAAGGAGCUGGAGAGGCAGAAGGAGAGAGCACUGAGGGACAAGGAGCUGCAGGCAUCCAAGGCCAUGGAGAGCCACUAUCUGGCUGAGCUCCAUGCCAUGAGGGGGCAGGAGGACAGAACCAAGCCUGAGAGACUCACCCCUAAUCGGGCUGAGAAAACCAAAGAUCCCACACCUCCAGCUCCCAAACCAGUGCCGCCAGGACUCCACUCUUCAAUGGUCCAAUCACAUCAUCCCAUCCCUGGUCUAAUCCCGGGCCACGGCCUCUACAUGGGAUCCAGCGCUGUAGUGGCGGGGCUCUCGGCCUCAAUGAUUGCUCAGAGGAACAACGAGGAGGAGAGGUGGUUGGCGCGGCAGCGUAAGCUGCGGCAGGAGAAAGAGGAUCGUCAGUACCAGGUGUCUGAAUUCCGCCAGCAGGUUCUGGACCAGCACCUGGACUUGGGCCGGCCAGCUGACGCAGUAGAUCACAGGACAGACCCACACAGAUCCAUACCAAAUCACCAUGAAAUAGGAAGCCGGGACCUCCACCCUCACUUAGGCGCCCCUCCACCCCUCAUCUCCCCCAAACCUCCUCAGCCACCACGUGAACACCACCCUACCACCACCUUGUGGAACCCUGCAUCUCUUAUAGAAACCCCCUCAGAGUCCAGACGUAACCACGAGCCCUCAGGGAUGGGACACUACGAGCUCAGUCGGCUGCCCCCGGGGCCCUCCAAAUAUGAGGAUGGAGCACGAAGGAGAGAAGGGGGAGCAAUGGAGAAGUAUCCCACAAUGAGAGGUCCUCCGGGCCUGCUGGAACCCAGUACAUUCCUUGCUGAUCUGGAGAAAUCUACCCACACCUUCUUCAACCACCAGAGGGCAUCACUGUCCCUGUCCAGCCAGUAUGAACUGGAGGGAGCCAUGAAGAGCAAUGCUGGACUUAAGAGCCUCCAGGGACACCCGGGGCACAGUAGACACGGACAAGGGCUAGGAAUGGUCCCUGGGCCGGGGAUGGGACAGGUAGCCACAGUGGGGAUGGGUCCAGACACGAUGCUGAUCUUUGACGAAUUCCUACAGCAGCACCGAAGGCCGGUCAGCAAGCUGGACCUGGAGGAGAAGAGGAGGAGGGAGGCCAGGGAAAAAGGUUACUACUAUGAGCUGGAUGACUCGUAUGAUGAGAGUGAUGAGGAGGAGGUGAGAUCCCAUCUCAGGAGAGUAGCAGAGCAGCCCCCACUCAAACUGGAUGACUCCACAGAGAAAUUGGACUUCCUGGGAGUGUUUGGCCUGACCACGGUGGGCCGGCGAGAAGAGCUGGUGCAGCAGAAGAGAAGGAAAAGGAGGAGGAGGCUCAGGGAGCGCAGCCCCUCGCCACCUUUCUCGCACUCAAAACGCACUCCCCCUCCUCCUCCCCAACUUAGCACGCGCUUCACCCCUGAGGAAAUGGACCAAGCACCAGAGCUGGAGGAUAAGAAGCGCUUCCUCACCACGUUCAAACUGUCCCAUGUCACUAUACAGCAGAGGAAAGAUAAUGAAAGGGUGGUUGAAAUGCUUCAGGCAAUUAAAGAAAAGAGCGUAACAUUGGACACCAUCAGACAUGCCCCUCACCCGCUGUGUAAGAGUCCUCCAGCACAGAUUUCUGAUUCUGCAUUUGCCCAGCCUUCCUCUGAAUCAGAAGGCCACCACAGUGUCAGACCUUCUAGCCCCUCCUCACAUUGCCCAGCGUCCCCCAAUGGUCACCCAAAACCCCUUGGGGAGACAUUAAGACCAAAGGAACCCCCUUCUCCAGCUGUCUACCCAGACAAGGCCCGGGGGCCCAGUGAGGGACCGGUCUCUAAGAGGAGCUCCAGCCUACUGAACAGCUUGCGGCCUCCACACCCCCUGCAGGCUAAAGAGGGCCCUCACAGCAUCAACGGACGCACCAAACCCUGGGACAGCUUCACCCCGGAGGAAUUUGCCCAGCAGUUCCACGAAUCUGUGCUUCAGUCCACUCAGAAGGCUCUGCAGAAGCAUAAAGGUGGAGCCACAGGGAUGUCGGAGACGUCCCACCUCCAGGAGUCCUCUGUUCACUACAACAUUCCAGAGCUUCAGAGCGCCCCUGGUCGGCCACCGCAUUCGCAAUCUCACUCAAAUGCACAUUCGUUUCCCCAUCCACUCUCACUUGCUCACCCUCAGCCCAACGGGCAGCACUUCUCUGUAGCCCUUCACCGGGAGGCCUCUGGGACGAGGGAGGACCUGUCUGCUCCAGAUGACUCUGAGGAAGAAGAGGAUGAGGAGGAAGAGGAGGCUCCUGCUUCCAAGUGGCAGGGGAUUGAAUCUAUAUUUGAAGCUUAUCAGGAAUACGUUGAAGAGCAAGGUUUGGAGCGACACGUGUUGCAGAGCCAGUGUCGAAGACUAGAAGCUCAUAACUACAACCUCAGUCUGACUGCUGAGCAGCUGUCUCAUAGCAUGGGGGAGAUGAUGUCCCAGAGACAGAAGCUGGCGGUGGAAAGGGAGAAGCUACAAGCGGAGCUGGAGCACUUCAGGAAGUGUUUGACGCUGCCACAGACACACUGGCCGAGAGGCGGCCAUUACAAGGGCUACCCUCCCAGGUGACCCCAACAUGCUGACCCGAUGGCCCUGGGCCUACUGCCCUUUCAGACUGACACCCAGAGUUUAUUUUUCAUGGCCGGGUCCACGUGUCUCCAUGGAGGAGAAUAUGGCUGGCUAGAUAGGAUGAAUGAAUUGAGUGAAUGGAUGAAUGAACGGUGAAUGCAGAGGAGACAGGACCAUACAGUGAAGGAUAGACAGUCUUUGGAUUGUGGCCAGCCAGGGACUGUGCCACGAGCCACUAACGUGUGCCAAUGUAGCCAACCCAGAGAGCAUGGGACAGGAGUACCUGAAGAUCAACACACACACACACCUAUUUGUCACACAUGCUUCAGUCCCCGCUGCUCUCUUGUUCAGUCCUUGCGUCCCUUCACCGCCACAGCUACACAGACAAUCCUGCCAACGAGGGAGCAGCUACCCCAAGAGGGGUGUCGUCAAGAGACUCGGAAUGCUUCAGAGGCUUCUGGUCAGUCGGGACUGAUUUUACCACAGUGGCCACAUGAGCUUUUGAACUGGAAAUGCACUUAAGAAUAAAAGCUGAAGAACUACCUGGUGGUACUGUGUUACAACAAAGAACUGUUCGAAUUAGGGAAGAACUUAGAAAAUGCACAUUUUUUGGAAAGAAUUAAGGAAAUGUUUUAUUUCGAAAUAGAAAAUUUGAGAAUAAGAAUUUUAAAAGGUGCUUCAGCCUUGUAUUGUAAAUAAUAUGAAGACUUAAAAGAUUUUGUAUGUUUUUAUUACUUUAAUCAUUGUUCUUUUAAAGAAAAAGCUUGCCAUUUUUAUAUGUUUAUGCUUUUUUUUUGUGGGGGGUUGGAAAAGAAAGCCUUGCUUUUAGUGUUUGUACUGCUGCUGGCCAGAACAGCUCAUUUAGAGACAUUUAACAGAGAGAGAGAGAGAGAGAGAACAGGAUACACCCCUCUUACUCCUGACCCAGCCACAACCACCUCAUCUGGCGUCUGAUCUCAGCAAAGCUUACUUAGAGGUCUUGAGACAUGGCUCCCUCCCUCCCUUCACAGCAACACGUCUCUCUGUUUUAAUGCCCAUCAACAUCACUGCUGCUGUUAGCUUGUGAUAUUCUCUUACAGAAACCAGUUGAGAUCCACAGUGACAAUAUAAUUCGUUUUUCUUUUUCUUUUUUUAACUUUGGUCACUUGACAUACUUGAUUUUGUAAAGACAUGAAGAGUCUCUUAAGCAGCCAGCUGAUGAAACUGGUUCUUGAUGCUUUAUCCUACCAUUGGACCUUUCACUUCACUUAGUAUGGCGUGAUAUAGCAUUAGACUCAAUCAAUGAGACAGUUUGCAUAAAGUUACGCCUUACAAGUCCUUAUCAGCAGUCAUGAGGACACUGUGCCAAAAUGAAAAAAAAAAGGUAGGAUUUUGGAUUUUUAAUUGAGUUGCAAUUAGGUAGCCAAACCUUCAAACCAGAAUAGCCAUCUUCCACUGCUGAAUACCUUUGAUUCCACUCAUCUCCUUCCUGCAUUUACCCCUUUUUUUUUUUUAGGACUCCCACGAUCCAAAGUUCCCAACAUGUAUAAAUAACAGACUGGAAAUCACACACACAUAAGUUUUCAAACCGGGCAUUUUGUAGUACACAUAAAAUCAGAUGGGUUUAAUGAACUAGCCUCGUAUACAUUUAAGUCGUCCUCCCCGUCAGCGCUGACCUGACGUUCUACCCUGUAACUCUUGUUGUCUUAAGGGGCUGCACAUGUUAUAGUGGUGGGACAGUUGCUGUUAAAAGAGUGGGUGAUUUCAGUAUUUGAGUAAAAAAAAAAAAAAAAAAAAACUGAAUUUAUAAGAACUGAAGCACAUACGGUAUGCUAAUUACAAGUGCCUCAAGAAUUUGGGAGCAUGUGAAUGAGUUGCAGUCCACAUGAUGGGCUACACACAUAACGCACACAUAACGCCAGUGAUCAGGGACUUAACAUUUUCACAUUCAAGCGUCUACUGUACGUCUCACACCUUUCAAAUAUGUGCAUGCCAAGAACCGACACAGAAUUCCUUUAUCUAAAAUGCAUCUCUGAGAACCAAUUCAAUCGCGACACCUUUUUUUAAUAAAUGAGGCCCAGUUCAGAGGAUCCGGUGGAUGCAGAGCGUAGUCUGUCAUUUUUUACAGAGCAGAAGAGGCUUGCUGAGGUAAGCUGCCAAGGCGCACAUCAGUGUGCGUCUUACCCAGCCUUCCUGCGUCUCCAGCCCACGCACGCCCAUGCAAUAGCCCCAUCACUCAGUGGAGGAUGUCUAGAUGCUGUGAAAUCCUGUUUUUAAAAUGUACUUGUUUGAAUUCAUUGUAAUGUAAUAUAUUCUUUGUUGAAUGUAGUAAUUAGGUAUUUAUGAAUAUAUGGCUGUGAUUUCAGACAAAAAAGAAAAUAAAAUAUUUCAAAAAUGUUAAAUGUCAA